AUAUAUUUUAUCCACUCCUCGCUCUCUCUUGACUGUCUCUCUUCUCUUCCUUUCCCCUUUGUCGUCAACAGUGGCUACGAGUAAGUGUGUAUAGCUUCAUUCAACGUCCCACACACCCAAAAUGCACGCCAAGCCCCUCUCCCUCCUCUUUCUAUCUUCCCUCCCCUCCUUGACUGCUGCCGAAGAUGUCCUUGGCCUUUACGUCUUCCACCGUCACGGUGAUCGCACUGCCAAGGCUUGGAAGCCCGUAAACUUCACAGCUCUCGGAGCCGACGAGGUUCACUCUUCCGGUUCUUGGUAUCGCGAUACUUAUGUGAGCAAGGAUGCUUCACGGAAGAUCACCGGCCUCAGCCCCGAGUCAGCCGUCUUGUCUCAGCUAGAUGUUACUUCUCCCGCCGACGCUGUGCUCCAGAACUCUGCUCUUGUAUUCUUGCAGGGACUUUACCCUCCUACCAAGCAGUUUGAGACUCUUGCCAAUGGAUCCAAGGUCGAGGCUCCGUUCAGCGGAUAUCAAUAUAUCCCCAUUGCUGCAGUCUCUACUGCAGCUAGCGACAAGAACUCUGAGAACAGUGCUUGGCUUCAGGGCAACAGUGGUUGCACCAACGCUGAGGCUAGCUCGAAUGAUUACUUCUCCUCCCCCGAGUACGCUGGAGUAUACAAGGACUCUGAAAGCUUUUAUCAGGGCCUUCUCCCUGUCAUCAAUGGGACCUACGGCAAGGAUGAGGCCAACUUCCAGAAUGCCUAUACCAUCUUUGAUCUCAUCAAUGUUGCUCGCAUUCACAAUUCUAGCAUCUCUUCUGACGAUCUGCUCGAUGACUCCACCCUGGAAAAGCUCUACAACCUCGCUUCUAUCCAUGAGUGGAACCUCGCCUACAACAGCAGCGAGCCUGUCCGUGCCAUUUCUGGCUCUGUGCUCGCUGGCCAGAUCAUCGAGGCUCUUGAGCCCCUUGCAGAGGGUAAGAAGGGACCCAAGGUCAACAUUCAGUUCGGUGCCUACGCCGCCUUCAUGUCUUUCUUCGGUCUUGCUGGCCUCGACAAGGUUAGCUCUGACUUCAAGGGAGUCGUCGACUACGCCUCAUCUAUGGUUUUUGAGCUCGUAACCAACGCCACCAACCCUACUGCCGACGACGUCAGUGUCCGCUUCUACUUUGCCAACGGCACUGCUGCCGAACACACCCCGAAGAUGUUCCCUCUCUUCGGCAAGGAUGAGACCACCAUCUCCUGGAAGGACUUCAAGACUGGCAUGUCUGAUUUCGCCAUCGAGGACACCAAGCACUGGUGCAAGCUUUGCGGAAACCACGACGGCAACUGUGCUAGUAACUCGGAUGAUGACUCUACUUCGUCUCAAUCAAGCUCUGGCGGCUCUGGCAACGGUAUUUCGAAGCCGGUUGCUGGCGUCAUUGGCGCCCUUGUUACUCUCGUUGUCAUUUUGGGUGUCCAGGCUGCCUUUAUUUUGCUUGGCGGCCUGCGUCUUGUCAAGAAGUCGACGCUUGCAGCUGCUGGCGCGUCCCAGGCCGGAGCGGUCAAGGCGUGAAUAUGAGACGAUAGGUAGUGGGAAAGUAAAUAUUUCUUGGCCAGAAUAUACAUGACCCAUGCGAUGUUAUGAUUUUCGCUUUCAGAUACCAGAAUAGCCAUUACGCAAUGAAUUGAUGUGUCAUAUUGUAUCAAAGACAAUAUCGCCGAACUCUCAUGGCUAUGAUCCAACAAUAAUAUCCAAGAAUCGUGUCAUGCUCCCUUAUGAAGUCUAACAGGAAAUAAACAUUAAAAAUAGCCCAACCCUGGGUACUCUAGAAACGCAUCUGUUGCUUUUACCCAACUCAUGAUAUAUCGAGCAUCUUAAUUCCUCGAAACUGUUUAAACAGCUAGCGAAGGCCAGUCAUAUCAAGCAAAUCAUGGCGAUAGUAGAAUGCUCGCACCCGCUUACCGUAGAUAUCUAUAGCAAGUCAGCAUGAAAACCAACGUGCGAUCGAAACCGACUUACACAUAGG